ACUAGCUAAGCACCUAUGGCCGCAGCGCACGGACAUACUCGUAGCGAAUUUUUAAGUUGACUGCAGAACGCUAAAAAUAAGCGUUUUUGUUUAACAAGUUUCUGAACAAUUGUAGUGAUCGAUCCAUUACGAAAGCAAUCAUCGAUCUGAAGAGUGUUGCUGCGCUGACGUACGCGAGUGGUAACUGUCGAAGAGCUGUGAAAGAGCGUCAGGAUGCUGUGGCAGCUGGUGGUGGUGGCGCUGACGCUGGCGUGGCUGCACUACCGCUGGCGCCGGCGCGCCAUACACCGCCUGCACGCGGCGCUGGCCGCCGACCUGCCUGCACACCCCCUCCUGGGUCACGCCACCUUACUCCUCGGCACUGAUGAAGACCGGAUGAAGGCGUUCCAGCUGAUCGGACGCACGGCGCUGCGGCAGGGCGGGCUGGCCAGCGCCUGGAUGUUCAACCGACUCUACGUGGUGGUAGCGGACGCAGCGGUGGCGGGCGUGGUGGCGCGACGCUGCCUCGACAAGGACGAGGCGACGAUGGGCUUCAUCCGCACGCUGAUCGGCAACGGCAGCAUCUUCGCACCAGUGGAAAUUUGGCGUCCGCGGCGCAAGAUUUUGGCCCCGGUAUUCGGCGUACGGCGCGUGGCGGCGUACGUGGGCGUGUUCGACCGGCACGCCGCCGCCGCCGCCGACCAGCUGCGCGCGCGCGCCGCCGCCGCCGCCGGGGACUUCUCGCUCUGGGACACGCUCAUCGCCUACACCUUCGAUGCCGUCUGCGAGACGUCGCUGGGCGUGCAGCUGCGGUCGCAGGGCGGCGCGCCGCACCCGUUCCUGCGCGCGUUCGCGGGCGCGCAGCGCGAGCUGGCGCGCCGCAUGUGCGCGCCCUGGCUCUACCCCGACGCCGUGUACCGCGCGCUGCCGCCGCACCGCCGCUUCCGGCGCUACCGCACCCAGAUACACCGCUUCAUAGACGAGAUAAUAAGGGACAAGCGAAAGGCAAUGUCAUCACUAGAAAAUAAAGGCAAGUUAAGACCGAGUAUUGCAGAGUCUGGUAGUGCGGGGGGCGCGGGCGAGGAGGAGAGCGAGCAGUUGAGCUUCCUGGAGCGGAUGGUGCGGGGCGGCGAGUACUCGGAGCGCGAGCUGCGCGAGGAGGUGAUGGUGCUGGUGAUGGCCGGCUCCGACACCACCGCGCUCGGCGCCGCCUUCGCGCUGCUGCUGCUGGCGCGACACCCCCUACUGCAGGACCGCCUGCGCACAGAGUUGGUGGAGGUGCUGGGCGACGGGUGUGGCGCGGUGUCGGCGGCGGCGCUGGCGCGGCUCAGGUACCUGGACGCCGUGGUGCGCGAGGCGCUGCGCCUCUACCCGCCCGUGCCCGUCACCGUGCGCGAGGUGCACGACGACCUCGCGCUACCGGGCGGGCUGGUGCUGCCGGCGGGCGUGGCGGUGCUCCUCAACACGUGGGCGACGCACCGCAACGCGGCGUACUGGGGCGCCGACGCCGACACCUUCCGCCCCGAGCGCUUCCUGGAGGCGCCGCUGCGGCACCCCGCGCAGUUCAUGCCCUUCGGCUACUCCACGAGGAACUGUCUCGGUAACAUAUCUACCACCUCCUCCUCCCACCUACUGGAGCGC